UUUUUCGGCUUUGCUAAUUGUGGAAAGGAAAGAAUUAAAGCAAUGCUGCAGGCACUGACUGGACUGCAGUUUCAGCUCAGAGGAAAGCUACGGGAUCAAGAGUGGGCAGAGAAGUACUCUCAAGAAACCCGUGCACGUUAUCCACAGUGCCGCAUGCCAGUUUCGCAAAACCCUGGGUUCAAUGGAUUUUUGCCGGUGGGAGCACACUUUUCAUCAGACAAAGCUCCAGCAAUCUCAGAGGUACAAACACACUUGGAAAAUCAGUCUAGAUACCAUAUCCAGCAAAGCCAGCGGCACCAGGUGAAGCAGUACUUGACCCUUGACACCAAGCUGUCCAGCCAGACUCUCUCCCUGUCCCACUCCCACACAGUCCAGCCCACAGGAGUGACCUCUAUUUUAAGGAACGGACAUAUGCCUCCAGUCAGUGAUAUUGGCACACCGGAGAGUCCUGUGACCAAGCUGCUGGCCCUUGGAGGAGAACAUGAAAAUGCGAUGGAAGAGGUUAUUGAAGACAUAAUCAAUAUGGAAUCAAGCUUUAAUGAUGAAGGGAUAGGUUGCUCUGAAACACCUCUUCUGAUGCAAAGAACUCUAUCUAGCAGCAUUUUGGAUAUAUAUAACAGUGACCAGGGAAUGGCACCAGCUAAUAUGAGUCUCACAAAUGCUUCUUGUCCAGCUAAUCUACCAGUAAAAAGGGAACUCACAGAAGCAGAUACGCGAGCAAUGGCCAAGGAGAGACAAAAAAAGGAUAACCACAAUCUCAUUGAGAGAAGAAGAAGGUAUAACAUUAAUUACCGAAUCAAGGAGCUUGGCACACUCAUCCCCAAGUCUAAUGAUCCUGAUAUGCGCUGGAACAAAGGAACUAUUUUAAAAGCAUCAGUGGAGUACAUCAAGUGGCUACAAAAAGAACAACAGAGAGCCAGAGAAUUAGAACACAGACAGAAGAAAUUAGAGCAUGCUAACAGAAGACUUCUACUUCGAAUCCAGGAGCUAGAGAUCCAGGCACGUGCUCAUGGCCUUCCAAUCAUGUCUUCACUCAGUGCAGUAGAUUUAGCUGCUCAGGUCAUCAAGCAACAUUCAUAUCCAGGGGAGAACUCUGUAGACUACUCUCAGCAAAUGCCUCUGGCUCAUGAACCAAAUUCUGAUGUUUGUGAUGGGUCUACAGCCUUUUCUGAUCCACUUUCCCACUUCACCGAUUUGUCCUUCAGCGCAGCUUUAAAAGAGGAGCAACGACUAGAGGAAAUUCUAUUGGAUGACACAGUAUCACCAUUUGGAGCAGACCCGCUCUUGUCCUCCACAUCCCCAGCUGCAUCAAAAGAGAGCAGCAGGAGAAGCAGCUUUAGCACAGAUGAUGGGGAUGAUUUAUAAAAGCAGAAAGGGCUUCACACUUCCUUAAACCACUUGCUAACAGACUGAGUUGAACAUAAGCAUGAUGUGUGUGCUUGUUCCAAAUACAAAUAUGGAGAACCACUGUGAAGAUAACGGGCACAGUUUAAAUCAGCAUUUACUUCACAGGAAAAGGAGAUAUAGGUGGAUUCUGAUCACUUUGCCCCAGAUUCACAUCAUCUGUCCACACCUGACAUUUGCACAAAUUUUUCUUCCCGGGAAACCUUUUUUACUAUUGUUUCAUGACUUUUCACAGCAAUAUGAAAAUGCUUUCCACAAAAGAAAUAUCCAUGUUACACAAAUGUGUUCAGACUCUGUCUCCAAUCUGCAUUCACGUUUAUCUGUUAUAUUUGUGAUGUUUCGUAAUUUGCUAUUUUUUUAUAACAAUGAUAAUAUUGUGAUAAAAAUUCUACAAAACUUGAGAAGCAGUAGGAAAGUAUGGAAACUGGGAACUAUAGAGUGGUACGUGUUUUAAAAUCUGAAAAAACAAAUAGUAAUUAAUUUGCACAAGUGAAGUGAGCAUGAAUUUAAAACCGCAUAGACUUCCCAUUAGAAUGAGAAAAUCCAUUAAUUUUUUUUUCUAUGAAUCCAGUUUUUGGUUUUUAUUUCUAAUGCCAUUUGUAGAAAAAGGUCUGACUUUUAAUAUAUGUUGUAAUGAUCCAGAAGAAAAAUGGAAACUAAUGUAACAGAAACACAAAAAUGGUGACGUUACAGUAGAAAGUGUUUAGAAAGGCUAUGUGGAUGUACGAGACUGAACAAAGAUAUUCCACCUUACCAUUAGCACAAUUUAAGACAAGUACUACUGGUAAAUGUGCUGUGUCAGCUGCUUAUUCCAAGAAUAUUCAAGUUGUAUCCUUCUUUAUGUGGAAGAGAUCAGAAUACAGAUAUGUGACAGUGUGCUUCUGGACAGUGCUUCCAGAGCUUUUUGGAAGCACGCUUAUCCAUAUCUAUGCCUUUGAAUUGUUUGUGAAUGGAAGGAAAUGUCCAGAUUUCCAUUACAAACACUGGAACUAAAAUAAUUCAAUUUCAAAUUUACCUUUGAAGUCACUAUAGAGAAGCAAGUAAAACUUGAAAUCAAUGGAGAAAGUCAGAAGACAUGAUGUGUUACAGUGUUUUCCAUAGAUUGCCGUAGACAUUCACAAAAUGUGUUUUGAUGACUUAGUACAGGUAGAUGGUGAAAUAAUCUAUAUUCACUAUAUUUCACUAUACAUAGUGAAAUUCUGAAGAAUGUUGUAUUUUCCUGGAGUACACUAAGUGUAGCCACUCUAGUUGUAAUAUUAAUACAUAGAAAAUAAGCUAGCACAAGUUCUCCAUUGCUCUUCUUCCACUGGAACCAAAAGAGCAUAUUUGGGAGUUCUCAAACAAUUCAAAAUAUAUUUCAAAUGUAUGUGUUAAGUUUUGCAGUCACAGAGCCCUGCUCAAUGUCCCAGAAAUUUUGCAUGAUUAGAAACAAAGAAGAAAAUGGAUUGCUGUUUGUGUUAAUGGUAUAAAUGUAUUUGAACAUACUUUUCAGUAUAUAAAGAACUAAGCCUUUACUUCCUCCUAUUGCUUCUUCUUUUAUUCGUACCUGAGGUCUGAUUUAUCUGGAGCUGGAGCCCAUUCCUGACCAACCUGUGGUUACAAAACAUUGUGGUGCUUCCAAUUUUGAGAGAAUAUAUAUGUUCAUAGGAAACUCAAGGAUAUCUAUUAGCCUGUGUAAACAAUUCUUAUGUAAGAUGAACAGAGCAGAAGUAUCUUCUUGUGGAGUAUGUGUGGGUUCCCAGAAAGGCCAGCACAAAACUGGUCCUCUUACAAGGCUCUGAUACACUUCCACUGUAUGAUUAAGAUUUUUUUUUCCUCUUUUUUUUUCUUUUUUCCAUUUUUAUUUCUACAUGGAGGAAAGGAAUGGGAAAACAAAUUAAUAUUAACCAAAAUAAAUCAACUCCAAUAUUUUAAUUGGAGUGCUUCCUUAAAUUACACUCAACAGAACUUGCUUUGUUAUAGUUAUUGUAAAAACAAGCUAAAUAGUCAUUGAAAUUGGCAUUCAUAUAAAAAAAUACGAUGAAUUGAAAGUAAAAUUUGUGCCCACAUUGUGUCUAGUGUAGGAUGUGUAUUGUCCAUGUCAGCUAAUGAAAGGAAGGGAUACUUGACAUCAGAUGCCAUUUGUCCUUGUACUGUUUCUACUAUAUUGGUUAUAAAUAUACCAGUGUGUAUUGCUCAUAAUGGAGAAAAAGAAAUUAAAUAUGAAUGUAUUACAUGAUUUUCCCAUUGAACUUUUUUAUGGGAGUUAGGCCACAGUUCUGAACUAUACUGACUUCAAAUAACAUCUUGAGUUUCAUGACUAUUAUAAGGACUGCUCUAAAAAAAACAUUUAGUGCAUCCAUUAAAUGUUUUAAAGUUGGUUUUCAUUCUUCUGGCAAUUGCUUUAGUCUGAAGCACUAGAUGUUUCUUUUUCUUCCAGCUUGAGAAACCUAACAGGAGGUAGGAAUUGCUCCUUCUGCAGUACACUGUAUUUCACCUGUCAUUAAGCACACUCAAGCUGCCUUCAUUCACACACAGAUUCCUGCAUCUCCCUCCCCACAAACACUAAAUGUAUCCUUUAUGUGUGUAUUAUGAUUAUGCUGUUUCACUACCAUUACACUGUUUUCUAGAAGGAAGUGAUCAUUAGUACUUUCACUAAUAACGACCUGUAUUACACCAUCGUCCUUGAAAUUAAAUGGUGAUACGGGCUACCAGAAAUGAUAAACUAGGGCACCACAUAGGUGAUGAUGAAGGUAUUGGUGAAAUCUUUGUGAGGGUAACGGUAUCCCAGGCUGUUUUGAAUAAGCAUCCCCUCUCCCACCUUGAUGCAGUGACACCACUGUGCAGCUGGGAAAGCUGCUGGAGACAAGCAGAGCACAGUGCCUUCUGGCUUGUGCAGAGGAAAAAGAUUGCAUGACUGCAGUGACAAACCCUGGUGUCCCUCCUCAGGCAGAAUUUCUUUCCUGUCCAUGAGAGUUUUACUGGACUAAAAUGUGGUGCACGCAAAGCACAUUCUUAGCUCUUCCCCAUACAGAUCCGUUUAAUGAAAUCCCAUGAAAGAGAUGCAUAAUUUGUCUGUGGCUUUGCGUCUGGAAAAGAAUUUAAAGAUGUACAGAGUUUGACCUCAAGCAGGGCAGGGGGUUAGGAGAACUGGCUAUUUUUGUCAAAAUGUAUUAAAUGAUAAAUGAUGAAUUCUUUCUUGUUUUCAGUAGCAGCUGUUCAGAGCUGGUGGACAUGUUCUUGCAGAAUACACAAACUAGCAGACUGAUAAUUACACAAAAGGAAAAGGGAGCUGCAAUAUUAACAUCCUGUUUAAUUCAUGAAAUGGAUAUAGAUACUAUCCUAAGAACAGAAACUUAGAUUAUUUCACUCUGCAUAGCGUAGUUGGUGUGAAAACUACAGCAGGCGCAAAUGGUUCUAACAAACAGAAUAUGGUUGUUUUACCUAGUAAAGUAUCUAAAUAUAAUUCACUCAUUUAAUCUUAAUAAGAACACUGGUACUGUAAUACCUUUUGACUUUAAUAGGGCUGUAUAUAUGAAUGGAGGAUGUAAAAUUAUUGUAAUUUAAAAUUAUGUUAAGUCUCUUAGAUAAGUAAAGGCAUUUACAUUACUAUUAUGAGACUGUAGAAUAUUUUUGUAAUAAUUGCUAUUUUUCAUUGUUAACCAUAUAGUAUCUUGUUUUCUAAGUCAAUGUAUGCAGACAAAAUGUACUUUAUUACACGCUGUAUAUGCAAUCUUUUUCAAAUUGCAUUUUAUACAGGCUGGUAUUUUAUGUUUAUUAUAUGAAUACAAUUAAAGGACUGAAAUUAAAACA